UUUGUCAGGACCAACGGCAGGGACGGGUUUUCGCUAAGGUGUUGAUACAAGUCAGCAUCAGCCUAAAUAAAACAGAGAUGUCUGCAGAUGGGAUCCCGACAGCAAUAAAACCAGAAUUAGUAUUUAGGCAAGCUAAUUUAACGGGUCGUUAAGGCGCUGACGCUUGCCUUUGUAUAUAAACAAAACCUAGCCUGCGCUUCUUAAGGUCGCGCUUGGAGAUAUUUAUUAGCUAUGGAUCACCUGAACAUUUUCUGACAGUCGUGGUUAAGGAUGCUUCUUAUCGCCAUGGAAAUAUAGCGUUAAAAGGAGAGUAGCACCGUUCCCGUUGUAAGGUAGCUAACAUGAGAGAAGAGAACUGUUUUUGCUUAGGAAGGGUUUCCGUGGCGUGCGAAAGCAAGGGGCGACUUUCUUGCUGCCCGGAGUUCAAUAACGGAGAGGAGUGGGAUAUCCCCGAGAAGAGGCCCCGGUCCUGAUUUUAAGCCUUCAUAUUCAAGUGAAGCAGGACUUUGGGAAGAUGGAGACCGUCGGAAAAUUUGAGUUCAGCAGGAAAGACCUGAUCGGACACGGCGCUUUUGCAGUCGUGUUCAAAGGGAGACACAGAGAGAAACACGACUGGGAGGUGGCGGUCAAAUGCAUAAACAAGAAGAACUUGGCAAAAUCCCAGACCCUUUUGGGGAAAGAAAUAAAAAUAUUAAAGGAGCUGAAACACGAACACAUAGUUGCACUCCACGACUUCCAGGAAACGGCGAGCUGCGUGUACCUGGUGAUGGAGUACUGCAAUGGCGGAGACCUGGCAGACUGCCUUCACUCUAAGGGUACUCUGAGUGAGGACACGAUUCGCGUGUUCCUGCACCAGAUCGCCGGUGCCAUGCGGGUGCUGCAGUCCAAGGGCAUCAUCCACCGUGACCUCAAGCCCCAGAACAUUCUGCUGUCCCACAGCGGGGGACGCAAGUCCAGCCCCAGCAACACCUGUAUCAAGAUAGCUGACUUUGGAUUUGCGCGGUACCUCCAGAACAACAUGAUGGCCGCCACGCUGUGUGGGUCCCCCAUGUACAUGGCCCCUGAAGUCAUCAUGUCCCAGAACUACGAUGCCAAGGCAGACCUGUGGAGCAUAGGAACCAUUGUUUUCCAGUGUCUGACCGGGAAGGCUCCAUUUCAGGCGAGUAGCCCCCAGGACCUCCGGUUGUUCUAUGAGAAAAACAAGAACUUGAACCCCAACAUUCCCCGGGAAACGUCCAGUCACCUGAAACACCUGCUUCAGGGCUUGCUACAGCGCAACCCCAAAGACCGCAUGGACUUCGAUGAGUUUUUCCAGCAUCCCUUCCUGGAGGUGAAUUCGUCCAUAAGGAAAUCAGCCCUUGUGGCCACCCCCUCAUACCCGAGCUCCGGAUCGGCCAGUUCCUGUAGCAGCUCCUCCACAUCUCACCUGGCAUCCCCUCCACUGUCAGUCGCAGAGAUCCAGCAGCUCCGCCCCAAAGCCCCGGCCUCCCCUCCCCAGCAUUCCCCUGACUUCCUGCUGAAGGACUCGGCGGGCGGCGGCAGCAGCAAGGACUCGUCCUGUGACACAGACGACUUUGUCAUUGUGCCCGCCCAGUUCCCCAGUGAGAUCGCUGGAGAGGUGCAUGAUGGGAAAGUGGCUCAGGACAGUCUAAUGUACUGUGGGAGCUCUCUGCUGACCUCUGGUGGCCUGGGGAUGCAGGACAAGACCCCGCCACCCUCGCCCACUCUCAGCAGCUCCCCGAGCUGUGGAAGCAGGACCACAGGAGUCUCAGCCAGUAACCAUAGAAACUAUGGUCAGUCGACGCCCAUUCCAGUCCCAACUCAGAUCCACAACUACCAGCGCUUGGAGCAGAACCUACAUUCCCCCAGCCAGCAGGGCUCACCCAGGGUGGCGCCACCUGUACGCAGGUGCAGCAGUGGCGGCUCGCUGUGUUUUGGGAGGAUCGGAGCUUCGCCCCCGUACCCAGGAAGCCAUGGACCAGCCUUCAGUUCCCGCAGGGUUUCGCCCGGGGGGUCCAGACCCCUUCCGCCCUCUCCUCAGGUGGGCACCAUACCUGAGCUGCCAGGCCACACCUGCGCACCUGCACAGACAGGCAGCGGACAGCGGGACAGAGCUCUGACAGGCCUGGACGUCCAGCUGUCCCCGCAGAAGCAGGGCCUGGGCUCGCGGCUGCACAGCGCCCCUUGCCUGCUGGAGGCCGGAAGCAGCUGCCGGCACAGGAUCCGGAAGCAGCACUCUGACCCUUCAGGACAGGCCCCCCCGGUGGGGGUGCAGCUCCGGGCCCUGCACUCCUCCCCCAGGCUCAGCGAGCUCAUCCACAGGAGCCCCCUCCCCACCAUCCUGGGGUCCCCCUCCAAGGUCAUGCCUCCGUUUGAGUUCCCCAAACCCCCCAGCUCCUCGAACCUGGUCAACUUGCUUACGUACCAAGGCCUGGUUCUGGCACCGACCUGUGACAGGACCACCUUGGAUCUCAACCCCAGACUGCCCCCUGGUGGCCAGCCCAGCCCUUGCUUCAGCAGAGCAGCAGAGGAGAAUAGGGGGCCGUUUGGCAGGUCUGUGAGCACAGGCAGGCUGUCCGACAUGCUGCUAAAGGCUGCCUUCGGGCCACCUCUGGUGGAAGCAGGCAGCAACGAGAGCCUGGCAGCUGAGAGACUGAUGGACACUACAGCACCCCCUGGUGGUGAUGAAGGAGGCGUGACAGUUGGCUCGGGUAGUCCAGCCCGGGUGGUGUUCACCGUGGGAUCCCCGCCUCAUGGAAGCACCCCUCCACAGACCACUCACAGAAUGUUCACCGUGGGCUCCUCCAGCUCCAUCAGUUCAGCCGGGUCCUUCAGCAGCCCCCGCCCCCAGGCGGGCACAUGCAUGGACGGCUAUGAGGGUCCUUCCAGCCCACGGUGUGGCUACACUGAUGGCACAGCCGCUAGUCUUGAGGGAGCGGUCACGUUCGAGGCUCCAGAGCUCCCCGAGGAGACGCUGAUGGAGCAUGAGCAGACGGAGAUGCUGCGCAGCCUGCGCUUCAUGCUGGCCUUCGUUAGCUGCGUCAUGGAGAUCGCCAACGCCAAGGGCUACAGGUUCGAGAGCGGGGACGCCUCCGCCGCCUGCCUCCUGCAGCAGCCUCAGAGCCUGGUGGCCGACCAGAUCAGCCUUCUGAGCCGAGAGUGGAGCUACGCGGAGCAGCUGGUUUUGUACAUGAAGACAGCAGAACUGUUGUCAUCUUCACUACACACUGCCAUGGAGCGCGUCAAACAGGGCAAGCUGUACCCCUCCUCCACCGUCAAACAAGUGAUCAGGAGGCUGAAUGACCUGUAUAAGAGCAGCGUGAGGUCGUGCCACUGCCUCAGCGCGCAGCUGCAGCCCUUCUUCCUGCACAAACAGCGCCUGAUGGACCGCAUCAACAGCAUCACGGCCGAGAAGCUCGUCUUCAGCUACGCUGUGCAGAUGGUGCAGUCAGCGGCCCUGGAUGAGAUGUUCCACCAUGGGGGGGCCUCAGUCCAGCGCUACCACAAGGCCCUGCUCCUGAUGGAGGGCCUGUCUCUCUCCAUCACUGAUCAGGCUGAUGUUCUCAGCAUCACAAAGUGUAAGCAGUGUAUUGAGCGCCGUCUCUCAGCUCUACAGUCAGCACCGUGGCCGUGAGGACUGUGCUUGGCAUUGUGGGAUAUCGGCUGCCUUGUCUUGAAGACUCCCUGCCCCCGACACCCCAGCUGUUACCGCGGGAAACCAUCCUUGACCCCUUCCAGCAAUGCCCCCCCCAAGGCUUCUUUGCUUCUUCUGCUGGACCCUCACCUACACCCCCUCGUCUCUGAAAAACCUUGUUUGCGGUAGGGGCCAUUGGCUUACAGGGUGUGGCUGGUGGUGAGGAAGUCCUGGAGCAAAGGGGCCUCGUACCCCAGGGGGAGAGCAGGUCCUUCCCCUCACUGAGGAGCCGUCUGCUGCCUCCAUCCCACAGCCGUCGCAGAAACACGCAGAGUCUGCUUCUACCAGCAAUCACAAACACGUCACCUGCAAACGGGUCCAGUGUGUCAUCGAACAUGUGCAUGCCUCAGUGCACCUGUGUGUGUGUGUGUGUGUGUGUGUGUGUGUGUGUGUGUGUGUGUGUGUGUGUGUGUGUGUGUGUGUGUCUGUGUCUGUGUCUGUGUGUGCGUCCACAGUUACGAUGGGAGCGUUUCUCCCUGAAUUUGGGCACACACAUAGAUGACAUUCUGAAGUCCGUAUAGCCACAGUCCGAAAGGCCCCAUGUCAGACCAGGAUGUUGCCACUGCGCUUCAGCCUGACUAAAACCCUGGUCUCCCGGAAGUUUGAAGAUUCUGGGCUGUAUUUGGGAGGCUUGCUUAUCUCCCACAAAGUAUUGGCCCCCAGCAGCGGAGCCGGGUUGUUAAAAUGCAAACGCCUAGAGGCACAGAUGGCACCGGGGAGAGGAAACCAAACGGCACUCAGUACGUGCUCUGUUGAGAUAAUCAUGCAUUUACAGCGAGCAACUGAGGUUCUUUUUUUUUCAUUAAGUGUUUAACAGGAGCUUCACAAUUUGGCCUGAACAAAGAAAGGUUGCUGAGAGAGCAGUCAUGGUUUGGUUCUCCUUAUCCCAAAUUCAGCCCGCUCGAACGAAGAGGCACUUUUGACCUUUCCGCAGUAGGCUCAGCUGAUGAGUACAAAUGCAGUCUUAGACUCAUUGCCAUUCCACUCACCACUCUCCUCUUCCAUGUCCCGCGAUCACAGAAUGAAAUCUGCUCUUUCCACACAGACACAAUUGCCCCCCAAUCUCUGUUGAGGCGAACAUUGAUACAUGUUUGUUUGCAUGCAUGUGUAUAUGUGUGUGGUGGAUGUAGAGUGUGAUUGAUAUAUUAAAUCGGUCCAUCGACAGCAGCCUUUACAGGUUCGACUACUUUCCUACCCGUUUACUUUUUUCGGACUCGGGGCCAUUUUGGAGAUGUUUGACAAUCCUAGGUUGUGAAACAGAAGCUCUAGACUGGGCUGUAGCAGGAGAAGAGACCGAACUGAGAAAAUCUCCAUAUCCACAUCACAUUCAAAACCACAUGCAAGAACUGGCUCAUCGACCACCUGGAGCGAUCCUUGUUCGUUUUGACUGUCACUUCACGCAUCUUGUUUGUUGGAUGAGGCAGUGAAGCGGUCUGUUGCCUGAGAUGACCGUGGUAUUGUGAACACCCGUCUCCUUUUAGCCCAGAACAGUGGAGCUCCUCUUGGGGCUGCUGUAGCUGAGGUGUCCUGGUGACACCGUGCAGAGAGAGGAUUUUCCACAUAUUGUAAUCCCUCAGUAUCUCCACUCUGAGUCCUCCUUCCUCCUCAGGUGGCUUACUGUCUCAUGCCCCAUCAAACGACUCAACAGGUUAAAAAAACACAGUGGAGGCGUCCAGCUCAUUCUGGUUUUUUCCCCCGGGGUUCUGUGGCCACAUGGAUGUGUGAUGGCUGCACGUUCUCCGCUUCAGCUCUCGAGCACGGUGCAGAUCAGAAAGCAAGCUCCCGCCCUCCUCUGUCAUCUAUGCAUGUCCGAGACCCGGUACCACCCCGAUGCUGGACUCUCAGAACCGCUGCUCACCGGGUGCAGAGACAGACCACGUGGGAAAACCCUAACCCUAACCCAGCCCAGCACGGGGUGGCCUUAAAAUGAGGGUUAGUUGGGGAAGGAUACCUGGUUGUUUCUUUUUUUUCAGUCAGUACUGUAAGAGAGGGUAGGGUAGACGCAAAGGAAGGAAGGAGCACGCCCACAUACAGGCAUCCAUGUGCACCCUAGCUCUCUUUUCAUUGUGUGUGUGCGUGCGUGCGUGUGUGUGUAACAAUCAAAAGUGUAAGUUAUCAGAAUAUUCCUGCUUGUUGAGAGUGAGGCUUUUUGGGUGUUUUACUUGUUGCUUGAUGCUUUGGUUGGUUGGUUCUUUUGUAUUGCGUGGUUGUCUGCAUCUCAACAGAAAAAAGGGUUUAAGCUAUAAACAAAAAAUAAGAAUAAAAAGGUGCCUUUAAAACUCAACAAAAAAUAUGUGUAUGGCAGAUGUUUUAGGAAUGGCAUUUCUAAUAAGCAGAUUUGCCAUUUGUUCCUUAUUUUAUGAAACACAGCAGCCAUAUGGGAU